GGUGGAAGCGCGGUGCGCACGGUUCGGCGCUGCCUCCGCGUCACACAGCCUUCAUAUCGGCCAGGCAACAGAAAAGACAGGUCGACCCAGCGCCUGCAUCACAUCCACCCUUUGAACAGCUGACUGGAACGAGUGAAGCCAAGAAGGGACUGUCUGGUUUGGCCAGGGUCUGCCUUCAGGCCAUUACUCCUGCCUUCUCCGAGUGAAAGCUAGAAGCGAUUUAUCUGCGGUAGCGUACAGUAGAUUAUUAACAGGACUGAGUGGCUAUGCGAGCUAAUGAGGGAAACUAACGUCGCUUUUCUGCGGAUGGAAUCACAGUAAAAACAGCUGAUCAGAAAGCAUAUUUGGCGGAUUGAUCGUGGAGAUGAAACAUCAUGUCAGAGCCUGAGAUAUCCUCAGCUGAGUUGCGUCAAGUGAACUGCAUCAAACCAUCAGCUGGAGCUUCCUCUUGACUCGUGUGUAAGAUGGUGAGUCACGCCCUCUCUCUCAGUGAAUAGCCGCCCUCACAAAGACGAAAGGAUCUCAGCUCAGCCUGUAAUAAAACCCUCUUCCUUCUGCACAGCGUGGAGAAGAAAGUGCCACUGUGGUAUCUCUGGAGGCUGAUAACUGGAGUGAGGCAGCGUUGAAGGAUCAUCUUUCACUCUGAGCCACUCACCUUUCAUGCAGCGGACCCUGAGCCGGCUGUCGAGGCUGGACUGUCAGCACAGGGAGACUAACAUCAUCUCCUCUUCCUCAUGAGAAUGCAGAAGCACACAUGAGAGAAUAAUCAUGCUAUUGUUGGCAUAAUCUUCAUACAGGAUUAAGGACACCUUACCUGAUUAAUUUUCACUUUUUUGGGGCCCAGUGGGGCCGUGUGUUGGGAACAGAGACAGCUGGUGUUGACUCUUCUGCUUUAUGAGUUUUCAUCACUGGCAGGGGGAGCCAGCAUGGCCAAGCCUCUGCUGAAAAUACAGCGCUAUUUCCGGAGGAAACCUGUCCGAUUCUUUUCCCUCAUCCUCCUGUACCUGACUGCCGGGAGCCUCGUCUUCUUGCACUCUGGCUUCGUCGGGGAAAGCCGCUCUCCGGGCCAGAAGGCCGAGACUCCCUUGGUAGCUUCAGAGAAGGGAGGCCGGACUUCACUGUCAGACACUCGGGGGCUUGGCAUCAUGAGUCGAGUGUUUAAGGAGACUCGCCGGUCCGGGCGGAGGUACGGCCCUCCGUGGAUGAAGAAGCCGGGACAGGAGGGCCAGGAGACGGUGCGCAGGGGGGGAGACUACACCAACAACUGGAACCGGGCCCUUAAAGCACGCAGCGCCAAAGAUGUGGACGAUGGAAGAGCAAAGUACAUUGGCUGCCACAUCGAUGACACACAGAAGCGAGCGCUGAGAGGAGUUUCUUUUUUUGACUAAAAAAUGACUGUAUUCCGUUGCCAGGACAACUGUGCAGAAAGAGGGUACAUGUACGCAGCCCUGGAGUUCGGAGCGGAGUGCUACUGCGGUCACAAGAUCCAGGCUCCCAAUGUUUCCGGACAGUGUGAAUGCAAUAUGGAGUGUAAAGGAGAGAAGAGCAACCUGUGUGGAGGAGCCAACCGACUGUCCAUCUACAGGCUGGAGCUGAGCCAUGAGUCUGCGCGCCGCUAUGGCAGCUCCAUUUUUAAGGGGUGUUUUCACAGGCCGGACAAUGUCACUCUGGCACUUCCCAUCAGCGCGGUCAUCCAAAACAUGUCUGUGGACAAAUGUGUGGACAUGUGCACGGAGAGGGAGAAAACGCUGGCCGUCCUGGGGGGAGAUCGAUGUCACUGCGGCUUUCCGACCUUCUUCUCGCUUCACGAGCCGGAGGACGAGAGUCUGUGUCUCCACCACUGCCUCGGGGAAGAAUUUGAGACCUGCGGGAACGAAGAGUACUUUGUGGUGUACCAGACGCAGGUUCAAGAUAACCGCUGCAUGGACAGGCACUUCCUCCCCACUCGGGCCAAGCAGCUCGUGGCCCUCGCUAGUUUCCCCGGAGCCGGCAACACGUGGGCGCGUCACCUCAUAGAGCUCGCCACCGGCUUCUUCACCGGCAGCUACUACUUUGAUGGCUCCCUUUACAACAAAGGAUUCAAAGGGGAGCGGGACCACUGGCGGAGUGGGAGGACGAUCUGCAUUAAGACUCAUGAGAGCGGCAAGAAGGAGAUCGAGUCCUUUGACUCCAGCGUCGUCAUGAUCCGAAACCCCUACAAAGCCCUCAUGGCUGAAUUCAACAGAAAGUAUGGGGGCCACAUUGGAUUCGCUUCCCAGGCCCAUUGGAAAGGGAAAGAGUGGCCCGAGUUUGUGAAGAACUAUUCCCCUUGGUGGGCGUCCCACACGUUGGACUGGCUGAACUAUGGGAAGGUGGUCCACGUGGUCCACUUUGAGAACGUGAAGAGGGACCUGUUCUCCCAUCUCAAAGGGAUGGUCCAGUUUCUGGGUCUGAAGGUUUCUGAGGAGCGCCUUCUCUGCGUCGAGGGCCAGAAGGACGGGAACUUCAAGCGGUCCGGCCUGCGAAAGCUUGAGUAUGACCCGUAUACUCCUGAAAUGCGAGCGAGCAUCAAUGAACUGGUCCGGAAAGUCGACGCUGCCUUGAGGAAGAGGAACAUGCCCGGAGUUCCAGACGAAUAUAUGCCAAGAUGAUAUACGUGAACCUCAUCAUUUAUUUCCCGCCCUUCCUUUAAUCGGACUGUUAAUUGGACAUCUGCACCACAUUUUUAGGAUAACAUGACUGAAAUAGUUUGUUUCAAUAAUUUUUAAGGUAAACAUAGGUCAAAGCUGUAGUCAGAAACAAGUCUCUUUACUCUUACUAUUUUAAUAUUAAGGUUCUUUCAUUUUCUGUUGAACCUCAGCAGCUUUAUGCAUUAAUAGAAGAGGCAGUUUUCCCUGGGAAGGUUUGUUUUUCUCUGUCUAAAUGAAAAGCACUUCCUAUCCUGCUCUAUGCACAUGUGAUGUGUAGGCAUGUGCAAAUGCCUUAACUCAAAAGGAGGUACAAUAGCUGUGACACAGAGAGGCUCAUCUGACGGCACUGGCUGAUUCGUUGCCAGUCAGAAAAAACAUGUGACCUAAAAAUCAUUAUACAAUACUGCAAAGUUUGAUGUAGCUUAUUUUGUGCUAAAGAGAAAUAUCAGAAUGGAAAACUUUAAAUGUAUGAUUCUUGUGCUGCUAUCAGUUACAGAAAAACUAUUUUAUACAUAAAUUUAAAAUGUUCAGCCCUUUUGUCAGAGGGAAAAAUGCAAUAUGCAGGUUAUAACUACUUGAUCAUGAUACUGUGUUUCCAAGUUUUUCUUAAAAGAAUCAGGAGUAAGAGGAAUCUGUAUUUUCAAUGAAGAGGUUAAGAACUCCUCUUAUUCAAGAAGAUGACACAUCCCUCUUGAAGGCACUGACUCGAGGAGAGGAUUUACCUUGACAGCAUUUAUUUAUCUGUGGUGUGCAGUGUCCACUCGGUUGUGAAAUGUUUCCUUAACACUGGACUUGAUGCAGAAAUCCAAAAAGCACUUUUCUGUGCAACACUCGCUCGGCCCAAAGAUCACUGAGGAAUUAAGCAUUACACGUAUAUUAGAUCGGAGGUUUCCUUUAGCAGUAGUGAUCUUUAUUGAUUUAUUCUAUGACAGUUAAUCAUACUGAAUGUGAAAACUGUUUUUACUUUUUGUUUAUGUCUUUGUUGUAUAGAAAGCAUAGUCAAAGGUGAUAAUACAUUUACUCCUCAUCAUUUAAAAAGAAUAUCCACAAAUGUUUUAAAAAUUCAGCUCACAUUUUAUAAGCGGCACGUCUGAUACUGGUACUCACUGUGCUAUGCGGUAUGCUUUAAAAUAAACAAAUAUAUAAAUAAUUAGAUACACAAAUAUAUAAAUAAAUAAAACUGGUAAUUGAGAACCAGGAAAUAUUAACUGACUUCCAUUUUCAGAAUGAUAUAGAUAUAUUUUUAUAGUGUUUGCUGACACUUUGACAAGAUUUGUAUUGCAACUAGCAAAACGGGAGAAGUUGUUUCUAUUUUUAAAACAUGCUUUAAACUUUAUUGGCUCUCGCUUUCAUUGACAAGCAGGCACACAGUGUCACAUUUGAAUGUAUUUUUUAUGGAAUGAAUGUUAUGUGAUAAGGCCCAAUAAAUGAGUAAAUAAAAGUGUGCUAUAGUCCGCUGUCAUUUCUGAACAACUGUUGGGAAAGGUCAUUAAAAUGUGUAUUUGAAGAUCAAA